AAAGCAUUACGGAGCUAAGACGUUCCAAGACAACCCAAAAGAUCCUUGGUUUGUUUACCUUUGUGCAGCCUGAAGAUGAACUGUCUAUUAUUUGGUUUAGUAUGCGUUAGUUUAGGGAUGCUCGUUUCAUGUGAGAUUAAGACAUACCGCCUUGUACACGUCCCCAAUGAAGGUAUGGAGAUUGCUCAAGAUAUAGUUUACGACGACAUCGAAAACACAGUAACUGUCGUCAUUGGAGAUGUCUCAAUGUACAAAGGCCACGAGGCAACUGUUAAUUUCCACGAUUUCAACACGGGUUACGUCGCUUUCAAGGACAUUCGUAGACAGUUGUGCUUUUUGUCAACAGCUCCAGUUCCGUAUGCCACUCCCGAUAUUUAUGCUAAGGGAAGGACAAAUAUGACAUUAGACUUUCACUUCGAGAUCGACCCUGUUCUGAAGUCACAUGAUGAUGUCAUUAAAAUUGCCGGUGAAAAAUUGGCCAACUUCUGUCAGCAUUACAGAACAUUCUUCAGAACUCUCAUUCCAAAAGGAAGAUAUCGCAGAGCUAUAUCAGCAGUAGCACCAUGUAGUCACCAUUGCGGUAUUUGCAGAGCGACGGGACAAAUUAGCCUAGUUUGAACGCUCUAACGGGCUACUGUUAUGACAGAUUCAUCAGUUAACAUGACGAGAAUGAUUACCUUGCUACACUUGUGACUUGUCGGUAGUUGUUCGUUCGAAUAUUACAAAGUUAUUCAUGUCUGUUUCUUAUUGUCAAAAUAUAGUCCCUGAAUUGGUCAAUUGAACUGUUUGGAUGAAAACAUGCGUCAUGUGAGUUGUUGGUUUGUCUUGGUUGAAGUUUGCUUUGACCUGUAUGCUGUUUAUUUUGUGUAAUCAGCUUCUA